AUGACGCGAGCUGAUCCAGACACCUUAUGCAUAUCAGAAAUCUACCCAACAACGCUUUCUGUGAAAAUGACGGAUUCAUCUUCACCAAAGAUCAUAGGAAUCGUUUACAACCUCAACAUUCAGAUUGGGAACACCUUCAUUCCUACUGAUUUUCUUGUGAUGGAGAGCACAUCGCGCGAUUCAACUCUACUUGGGAGACCCUUCCUUGUAACCACUGGCGCAGUUUUUGACAUGCCAAAGAAGAGGAUGGUUCUAACCAAUGUAAAUAAAAAGAAACCUUACUAUGCCGAAUGGAGUCUCAAGUGCAAAGGGUAUCCCAAGUGCGACUGUUUGAAUGCAACGACCUUAUCUGAGGCAAGGAAAAAGAGGAAACGAGAAGAAAAAUAA